AUGGAAUUUUUCCUGAUAGCCUAUUCAAGAUCCUGACCCAUUCAUCAACUGUGACCUGAUGGACGGACGAGAUGCGUUCCUGACGAUGGCUCGUGAGAAGCACUACGAGUUCUCAUCUCUCUGCGCAGAGCCAAAUACUCAUCCAUGGCUAUGCUGUACGAGUUGCACAAUCAAGGCCAGGAUAGGUUCGUCUACACUUGUAACAACUGCAAGGGUCAUGUCGAGACGCGAUACCACUGUACUAUCUGUGAUGACUUUGAUUUGUGUGUUACGUGUUACGACAAAGAUGGUCACCCACACAAAAUGGAGAAGCUGGGACUGGACUUGGAUGACGGUUCUACUCCUGCUGACCAAAAACAGGCAAAUCCUCAGGAGGCACGGAAGCUGUCGAUACAGAGGUGUAUACAGUCAUUAGUGCACGCUUGCCAAUGCAGGGAUGCCAACUGUCGAUUACCCAGUUGUCUAAAGAUGAAGAGGGUUGUUCAACACACAAAGAACUGCAAACGGAAAGCGAAUGGGGACUGUCCAAUCUGCAAACAACUCAUUGCUCUCUGCUGUUAUCAUGCCAAAUAUUGUCAGGAGAUGAAGUGUCCAGUGCCAUUCUGUCAGAACAUCAAGUACAAGAUGAAGCAGCAGCAGUUGCAAGCCCGACUACAACAGGCUCAGUUGUUGCGGCGACGUAUGGCUGUCAUGAACACCACUGGAAGGAUGAACCCUACGGCAGUGAGCCCCGGAGCACCACAGGCUGUAGUCAUGCCUGCCUUGACCGCCCCUCUGUCUCAUCAACCUGUUCCUGGGAAACCUGGCACGCAGACACCACCUGCCAACGUUCUCCAAGUUGUGAAACAGGUUCAAGAGGAGGCAGCUAGGCAGCAAGUGCCUCAGUUGACUUCGGUCAACUAUGGCAAGGUAAACCCUUCUGUACCCCAAGUGAUGCCCCCACCACAGUUACAGCAACGGGGACCCCCACCUACACCUCUGCUCUCAAUGGAACAGUGGCAGCAGAACAGGUACCCAACACCUACUGUAGCGAUGCAACAACCCAACCCAGGACUGAGGCAGCCUAACCCUCAACUGCUACAACAGAGUCAGCCAGGUGCGCAAGGACCCAUAGUGGGACCGAUGAGGCAAGCCCAGCCUGCAGCGAACCAAACCAUUCACAAGCAGGCCUUGCAGCAACUCCUGCAGACACUUCGGUCCCCUAGUUCGCAGGAGCAGCAACAACAGAUCCUCCAAAUACUCAAGAGCAAUCCUCAGUUGAUGGCCGCAUUCAUAAAACAACGCCAGUCGUUCCAAGCUCAAGCUCAUCAGCAGCAACAAGCACAACAACAGAACGUGAAUGUACCACAGGCACCGACGCAGACAUUGCAACACAUGAUGAACCAACAACAGAACCCUCAGCAAAACAGGAUCCAUAUGCAGAUGAUUAACCAGCCCAAUCAGCCUCAGCAGACCCAGCAGAUGCAGCAGAACUGGUAUAAGCAUCAGAUGUUGGUGAUGCAGCAACAACAGCAGAGGCAACAGCAGCAGCAAUCCCAACAAGGUUUCCCGGGUGGAUAUACUCAGGCACAACAACGAUUGCCUAUACGAAGUUACACACAGGGCUUUCCUGAUCAGUAUCCGGUGAAACCUACACCCAGUCCAGUACAGUCUCCCCAGGGAGUUAUGGGUCCACCUGGGAUAUCUGUGCAACAACAACAGCAGUUGAUGUCUGUACGAUCGCCCCCUCCCAUCCGGUCACCCCAGCCUAACCCAUCACCCCGUCCCGUGCAGUCCCCUCGUAACCAACCUGUCCCCUCUCCUCACCAUGACCUCGGGGGCCCUAGUGAGAUGAUGUUGUCUCAGCUCGGUUCUUCAAGUGCGGGGUUGCCUCCACCUGCCCCUCCUCCCCCUGAUGACCUCACCCCUCAAGACCAAUUGACUAAAUAUGUGGAAAAUUUGUAGUACAGUGCAGCUUUCUAGUUUAUGAUGUGUACUUAAAGACAGUGUAUUUCUCUUGUCGAUAAACAAAGCAAUCUUCCUAUUCUGUAUUUUGUAAAAAUGUUGUAUCACUGUUCAUUAAUUAUCUUUAUAGUAUUAUUAUUUAAUUAGUGUGCUUGUACAUAGUGCGGGUGGGCCUGUGUAUAGCGUUCUUGUGAUCGGCCACCCACUCUCGUGCUGUAUUUAUUCAACUUUUAUAUAUUUUACCAAAAAGUAAAGACAUAAAACAUUUCUCAUUUGGAAUGUUAAUGAUUAGAUUUCUCAGUUUUAAACUUUUUCAUGUCAACUGUAAAUGUUUGUUGUUUUUGUUUUUAGUUUCUUUUUAAGGACACUGACCUAAGAACUGUUUCAGUGACUUAAACCGCCUAUUAUUUAUAUGUAUGUAUUGUUAUAAACUCUUUUAUCAUAGGAUUAUACUUAAAAAUUCUCCUUUUAUAUAAAUAAUCAUGAUGCAAUUAUUUUCAUCUUUUCUAUGAAAAAAAGGUGCCGUGUAAAUAAUACAUUGUAAGUUUAUACGUCGGACUUUGUAUAUAAUUAAGCAAGUGAUUGAUUCGUAUACAUUCAUAAAUGCAUUAAUAUAAAAUGUAUCUGUAAUAAAAGAAUAAAUAAGCAAAAGAUUGUUGAUAGAUUUGUGUCUUGAACUUGGUCACAAGUUAGGCUGUGUUCACAGGUUAUACCGUUGUAUAAAUGGAUGGUCGGUACUGUGGGAAGAAACCUCCAGUACCACUUGUGCUUCUAUGUAUUCGUACCUAUUGUUUUGUUACUUUUGUUUAUGAUGGAUUAAUCAUAGUUUUUUAUAUAUAAAAUAUAUAUUAUGCAAGAAUCAAGUUUUGCUUAAGAUCUCUAUAAAUCUGCCGACAUUUUAAUCAGAUCAUCCUGUAAUGAUAAUAUUUUUAUAUAAAGAGACCGACAGGAUAGGAUAGCCAUGUACAUUGGUUCAAGUUCCUCUCUAUACUUUAGAGAGAAAUUUCAUACAAAAGCUGUGCUUUUGUGGAUUAUCUCUUACUAUUAAAUUUUUUAGAUAUAUUUAUUGUUAUUUUAUUUGUUGUUCCCUAAACAAUUUGGAAUUUAAUCUGAGUUUGAUUCAAUAUUUUUUACUGUUUAGGUUUUGUAGGUGAUAAAUGUAGGCUUGUAAAUAACUGGUCUCAUCGAAUCUGUCCAUACCUAUUGUGACUUCUUUGUUAUAGUUUUUUAUUUAUUACAAACCCUCUUUUGAUUUGUUAUUGAAGGAAAUAUAUGUGAACUGACAUAAGUCUUAUUUAUUUUCAUUAUUUAAAAAUUGAUAUAAUUUUCCAAAGAUUAUUGUUUACAAAAGUAUGAACUGACCAAGUCUGGAUUUAAAUUGUGUAAACAUAUGGUGUGUGCUCUUCAGAGAACAGUCUUCCUAAUCGUAAAGUCUUCUAUUCAAUUUUGGAAAAGUUGGAACUUCUUGUCUCUUGCUAAAUUUCAAGUUCCACACAUCCUCAUGUCUGUGGGUUGGACUUCCUUCCCUUUGCGUAAUACAAUUAAGACUCGUCUUUGCUUACGUAUCCAAGGUGAGAAAAUUAUUGUUCUAGAGUAUUUUUUACUUUUUAUACAAUGUAUUCGUUUUAUAAUUUUGCUUAUUGUUGUUGAUACAAUUUAAUGUUUUUUUAUUGGUGCAGUAGUCAAUCUGAAAUUAACCUCAUCUUGUUGGUUUUGAACAUCCAGAAUGUAACUGUUAUCACAUUUUGUCGCAUAAAAACAAGCAAAUGAAAACUUCUACUACUCAUAAUUUGACUGACAGUGACAUUGCAUGUGCAUGGCGAACCCAUCCAAACAAUUGUGAAUUUGUAUCAUCAAUGGCAAUUAUAUGUGCUUACAUAUUUUGUUACCAAGUUGACAUAUCUCAUUAUGGAAUCAGGAGAAAUGUCUCACUGAUACAUGAAUGACAAGGCUUUUGCAAGUUUUCUGAGUACAUUUUACAAUUACCAGUACAAUUACUAUUAUAAAAUAUACAAAAGGAUAAAGAAAGAACUGUGUUUUAACGUGGAAAUUCAAGUCACAAACUUGAGUUUCUAAUUAAAUACUGUAUACAUCACUUAAUUGGGCACAAAUAUUAUAAUAAUUGUAUUAAUUCUUUGUUGAAUAGAUUAUUUGCUUGGAGACAUAUUGUAAAGAUUUUUGCUUUCUAUUUAGUAUACAAAUGCAACUUUCACACAAUUUAUGAUCUCAUAUUGAAUAGAUGUCAGGGUGGCUGUAAUUGGGGGUUUAGGUGAACAUCAGGGGUUGGCAGAAAAUAAUGAUCAGAGAAUUAAUCCAUUUUCUGAUUAACAAUAGAAUAUCACUCAAACCGUAGGCAGUACGCAUGAUUGUAUUAGUUGAAUUGACCUUAAAAUAUAUUAAUUACAGUAGUUAGCAUGUACUGAAGAAGGAGGUAUCAGAUAUUACAUUGCCAAAAAGUUGACGUGGUUUUUCAUUCUAGGUUAAAUAUUAAACUUUUGGUACUAAUUUAAUUCACUUGGAAAAACCAAAGUUAUUUAUUAGAUUUCCUAAAUUUAUAAAUUAAAAACGGGAAUAAAUAUUUUAUUCAGUUUAAUUGAAAUAGCUCCAUUCUUUGCACUGUUUAAUGUUACACUUUUACUGAUUAGAUCUAGAGUUCACUGUUUUUCUUGUAAAGCAAGCACCUAAUAUUGGUCCUGAUCUGUCCUUCAAUGCCAAGGGGAAGUGAAUUGAAAAGAGAAUAUACAUUUUAAUCAACUUUCAUGCGUUGUACUGAUUAGUUAGCCAGUAUUAUUGUGUGGGGAGAAAAUAUUUUUUUAACAUCAGAUACAGCAGUUACUUUACUAAUUGUUAAUUUGUGAUUUUUAAAACACUAUUUUCAUUUGUUAGGUACUGUAUUCAAACAAACCAUGAUUAUUACGGUCUUUGAUUAAUUUUUUAUUCUAUUACUCCUUUGUAAUGUAUUUGUAAUAUUAGUGUUCCUUUUACGUUAAAAAUUAUAUGGAUGAACACCAUUAGGUUUAUUUAUUGUAAAUGAUGUAAACAAAAUUGAAUCAAAUGUGUAGUAGAGGGUGACAACGACAGCCAUUGUAAAUAAAUGUUUUCCUAUAUGA